GUCGGAGAUGCUGUCAUCUCUGGUGGUGAAGGCCCAGCGAGAAAAGCAUGGCCUGCAGUCUGACAUUGGGAGGAAGCAGUUCGGCUUCGGUCGUGAGGAGCUCGACGGUGGAGCUAGCUAUUAUGAGGGGGAGUUCAAGCUCUACCUCAGAAGUGGGCAUGGAACGCUUGAAAACACCGAGACAGGCCUGAAGUAUGUCGGCCAGUUUCAGAUAGACAAGUUCCAUGGCAGGGGUAGGCAUGUGUGGCCUGAUGGGAGCUCAUAUGAAGGAGACUGGCACACGGGCAGAAAGCACGGGCAGGGCAUCUAUGUCAGCCCCGACAACCUCACGUACACAGGAGAGUGGCAUGAUGGAAAGAGGCAUGGCAAGGGCGUCCAGGAGUAUGCCAAUGGCGAUACCUAUGAUGGAUGGUGGUACAACGGUCAGUGCAGUGGCCUGGGGGUCUACUACUUCGCAGAUGGCUCCCAGUACCGGGGAUGUUGGAGUCACGGCAAGUAUGAUGGUGAGGGCAUGCUCUAUCUGGCCAAUGGGGACCGGGAGCGCCUGACCUACAUGAACGGACGCCUGAUGAAGCGAGAAGUGCUGACACCGUCUCCUCCGCCCAAAGUGGGAAGCAAAACGAAGCCGGGCAUCUUCUGCGGCAUCCAGCUUUCUCAAGAUCGUGUGGACGCCUUGAUGCCCACCGUGCGCAAGCAAACGCAUGGCGACGUGCAGCUUCUCAUCAAAAGAGAGUGCGACAUGUAUGACCUGUCCGCCCCGCCGAUCCGCCUGCCACACCAGAAGGCGACCACCGAGAGGAUGCAAGAUGAAUUGCUGGGCACCUCAAUCGAAACGGUGACUGGUGGCGACACCGUCGGUGAUAUCAGUGUUCUUACAUCUGGUCCUUCCACCGAUGAACCUACCUUUCUCACGGGACCUUAG